AUGAAUGGGCUGUCUCAACGCGGACUGGUGAAUGGAGUGGUGUCCAAGUUUGGCGCUGAAGAAUCGGCCGAACAAGCCCUGGUAAAAAAACUGGUUGACGUGUAUGGAAACCACGUGAUCGGCCAGUGGAUAGUGACAACGUGCCUUGCCAAAGACUUGUCAUCAGGACAGGAACGCAUGCGAGAGAUAUUGGUCAAACAUUGGGUCGCAACCCCGGCUCUGCGCGACAUGAUCGCUUCUAUUCGUGCGACCGAUGAUUUCCAGGAUGCAGCCGGGCAAGCCCUGGUAACAAAACUGGUUGACGUGUAUGGAGACAACGUGAUCGGCUCGUGGUCAGUGAGACUGAGCCUUGCCAAAAAGUUGACACCAGGAGAGGAACGCAUGCUAGAGAUUUUGGCCAGACAUUGGGUGGCAAAACAGGAUCCACUAGCUAUGAUCACUCGGCUUCGCACGACCAAGAAUUUCCAGGAUACAGACUUCUAUCUUCCCAAAGUCGCUAAACUUCUGCAGAAUGUCAAACCUGAUGUGAACGAAGCCAUUUUUGCUGCCUUUGGCAGUGACGCCUAUUUCAUCACCAACCUGUAUCGCGCCACCAUGAAGAAAGAGUCGGAUCUAACUGCUUGUGAAGCGGCUUGGCGGUACUAUCGUGGGACGGAUCCUCAGGCAUUGGACGCGACAUAUGUCCUUCCGAACUUAUACGAUUUGUCUAUGAAAGGAGUAAGGAAGAAUUUGUUGGCCGGAGACAAACUUCCUUUCGUCCCUCUAAAUGGAGAGCAAGUCGAUCAGUGUUACUACUUCAUGCAGGUCAUUUCUAAAAACGAUAAACCGGAAAGUAUCGAAAGCAUGCUGACCGAUCCUUAUGAACGUGAAGAAAAAAUGAAGGAGGUCGUGGGGGCCAUAACUAAAGAUGGCAAACUGAAAACUUUUGAGGAACUAACAACUGAAAUUUGUCAGAAGGUGGCAGACGCUGAGCGCUCAGAUUACGAAGCUAAUACAUGUCGUUUUCAUUUAAUGCAUCUGAUCAUCCUUUUCACCUAA